AUGAGCCCUUUUGAUUCAGUGUCCAUACCAGCUAGUAUGGACAGCAUGUCUUCUGGUGUUGUUCUGCCCUCUUUUGAAGGGUAUCGCGAGCUAGAUAGGGUCGAAUCGGAGGCUUCCAGCAAAGAUGAUCAUAAGGGAAACCAAGAAACUCCUCAGUCGCCCGCGGCUAAGAGUGCCCUAUGGCAAGGUACCCCUUUACCACCUGGGUGGGUUUGGUCCCCGUUAGGAACAGUUUUGAGGUUCCUACCGGAGGCUGCUGUGACUACACAGCCUAUGAGACCAGCGCAGAUGUCGCUCUUAAGCAUACCUAUGCCGGAACCCGGGUCUUCAGGAACCCCCUAUUUCGAGGGCAAGGGUGUGACGGAGACCAUCAAACGGUUUGAAAAGAUGGCGAAGCAAAAAGGAAUCACCGACACAACGUUACUCGGUGAAUGA